AUGGAAAUUUACGUUAGUCCAGAAGUCGAUUCUCAAUCCGUCUUCCUUAAUUUCAGUCUCCCACAGGAUCCAACACAACAAGUGUUUGAACUUCCUUUUGGUUUAAUUGAUACAUAUUUCCACUUUAUCCUCAAACAGGCCAUUGUACACUCGGUUUCAAUUGGAGCUUGUGUAAUUUUGAUGUUGACAUUAAUUAUCUUUCCUAAAAAGAAUAAGAAUAAUCCUAUGUUUUAUUUAAAUUUAUGUUCACUCUUAUGGAUGAUAAUCAGAUCUGUUUUAAAUAUUGUAUUUAUUAUGGGUCCUUUGUAUUCGCCAAGUUUUUCAUUUACAGGGUUGGUUAACCCUGAAACAUCUACGUAUUCCAUCUCCACUGCUGCUAAUUCUUCGGAAGUCGUCCUUGUGUUCUUUAUUCUUGCUUCAAUCAAUUAUCAAAUUUUUAUAAUUUUCAAAUCUCCAGAAGUUAAGAAAAUGGGGUUGAGAAUAACGUUGUUAGCUACAGCAAUGAGUCUUACUACAAUCGGACUCUAUAUUAACUCAACGGUACAAAAUAAUACCUUUUAUCAUAAUAUCUUUGCUGGAAAAGAACCUUCCGAAACUUUUAUCAAUGGAAGAAUAACCUACGAUCUUCCUCGUAUUAUGUUCUAUACUACGAUAAAUCUUACUUCAGUAGCUUUGAUUUUCAAAUUGAUUCUGGCGGUGAGAACAAGAAGAUAUCUUGGUCUUAAGCAAUUUGAUGCUUUCCAUAUUCUUCUUAUAAUGUCAACCCAAACAUUCUUAAUCCCAACCAUUAUAGUAUUUAUUCAUUAUGGGUAUGGAAGCUCUUCAUCAUUAUUACUUCUUUUAAUUAAUUUAUUAUUAGUAGUUGUUUCUUUGCCAUUAUCAUCCCUUUGGGCAGCAUCUGCAAACAAUAAAUCUGCGAUACCAUCUUCGCUUCCUUCAUCUUCACUUUCCUUCUUAGCCAGGUUUUUAACAAACUCAUCAACUUCAAGUGAUAAAACUUGUAAGGGGGUGGUGGACCAUCUCUGUUUUCAUCUACAUAAGGCGAGUCAGAUGGGAUAG